AUGUUAUGCUCAUCAAAGACAAUCAGACCACAGGGAAGUGUAUUCAGGACACUUAGAGUUCAAACUUCACUGUUCCAUUCGAGUUGCUUUAUGCUCGCAGGGCAUUCUAAAUGGGCCAAUAUUAAGCACGAUAAAGCCAAAAACGACGCUAAAAAGUCCAGAGAAGCGUAUUCGAUCGCCACACGGAUCGUAUCGAGUGUCAAGGCCGGAGGAGUCGAGGGUAAUGCCCAAUUGUUGACUCUUGUAGAGAAGGCGAAAAAAUUGAAUGUUACCAAGAAGAUCAUCGAGAAUGCUAUUAAACGAGGAACCGGGGAAAUAAGCUCAGAGGGACAGCAACUCGCCGAAGUAACAUACGAGUUUAUGGGACCCGGAGGUGUUGCAUUUAUUGUGGAGGCAAGUACAGACAAUAAGACCCGUACGAUUGGGUUAGUGAAGCAUGCCAUGUCAAAGUUCAAUGCGUCAUUGAGCCCGUGCCAGUAUUUAUUUGACCGUAAGGGGUCCAUCAUAUUCUCUCCUCGUAACGAGACCGAGACGCUUGACGAUGUGCUAGAAGUUGCCAUCGAUAUAGGUGCAGAGGAUGUAGAGGACUACAAGGACACUGACAACGAGUACGGCAAGGAAAAAUUAUUCAGGAUCGUGACUGAUGUGGGAGAUAUCUUUGAAAUCUCCAACAAGCUCUCAGCCAAUGGAUACGUCCUCAAGGACUCGACCACUGGGUACAUGGCCGAAAGCGAUACGCACGUCGAAUUCCCCGAAGCCCACGAAAAGGGUCUCAAAAAGGCGUUAGAGCUCUUGGACGAAAUUCCCGAAUUGACCAACUACUACUCGAACAUCAAGGACGACGAAUAA